AGGUGCCCCCGUGAAGUGGAAGAUUAUUCAGGACAGGAGCACAGAAGCAUGUCGUGCAGCUGGGUGAAGUCCUUGCUGGUGAGCCUGUCUCAAAGGAAGCCCCUGGAGCCGGAGGGGGAGACGUCCACGUUUAACCGAUGCCUGACCACCCUGGACCUGGUGGCCCUCGGUGUGGGCAGCACCUUGGGGGCAGGGGUCUACGUGCUGUCUGGAGAGGUGGCCCGAGACACCGCCGGACCCAGCAUCAUCCUCUCCUUCUUCAUCGCCGCCAUGGCCUCCAUAUUCGCCGGGCUGUGCUAUGCAGAGUUUGGGUCGCGGGUUCCCAAAACGGGCUCGGCGUACCUCUACAGCUAUGUGACCGUCGGGGAGCUGCUGGCCUUCAUCACCGGGUGGAAUCUGUUACUCUCCUACGUUAUUGGGACAUCCAGCGUUGCACUGGCAUGGAGUGGGACAUUUGAUGACCUCAUAGGGGGGGUCAUAUCGAAAUUCUUUGAAGAAAACGCCGCCAUGGGCCUUACUGGCCUGGCCCCUUAUCCAGAUGUCUUUGCUGCUGUUCUCGUCAUGCUAUUGUCAGGUGUGCUUGCAUUUGGAGUGAAAGAGUCAACAACAAUCAACAAGAUCUUCACAGUAAUCAACAUCCUGGUGCUGGUGUUUGUGGCCAUCUCUGGAUUUAUCAAAGGGGACAUCUCCAACUGGCAAAUCAGCAAGGAGUCCCUGAUAAACGCCACAGCAGAAUUCCAAAAUUUGAGCUCUGCGGUUAAUGUGACAAGUAUCUAUGGAGAGGGGGGAUUUUUCCCGUAUGGAAUCAGUGGAACGGUGGCCGGCGCCGCAACAUGUUUCUACGCUUUUGUGGGAUUCGACUGCAUCGCUACAACAGGCGAGGAGGUGAAGAACCCUCAGAAGUCUCUCCCUCUUGGCAUUGUGGCCUCACUUCUUAUCUGUUUCCUGGCCUACUUUGCCGUGUCCGCUGCACUCACCCUGAUGAUGCCUUACUACCUGCUCAGUGAAAAGAGCCCCCUGCCAGUGGCUUUUGACUACAUCGGCUGGGGUCCUGCCAAAUACGUAGUGGCGGUGGGAUCGCUGUGUGCCCUUUCCACCAGCCUGCUGGGAUCGAUGUUCCCAAUGCCCCGGGUGCUAUUCGCCAUGGCAAGAGACGGUCUGCUUUUCAAACCCUUGACCAAAGUCACUUCCAAGGGCAGCCCUGCCAUAGCUACCAUAUCGUCUGGAACUGUGGCAGCCAUCAUGGCUCUGCUGUUUGACCUGGAAGCCUUAGUGGAAAUGAUGUCCAUUGGCACUUUGUUUGCUUACACACUCGUAGCCGUGUGCAUCUUAAUACUGAGGUACCAAGGGGAUGCAUCUGAAGAAACAGAGCUACAGGUCACAGAAUCAAACAGCAAGUUUAACCUCCUAAAGCCUCCUCCAACUGCCAAUUCAACCACUUCAAAAAGAGUCACAAUCUUGACUAUAAUCUCUGUUGCAUGUUUGGUUGCACUGUGUGUCACCCUGACUCAAGCCUUAGAUGCUCUGUCCCGUAUGGAAGCAUGGAGUCUGGUGCUGGUCUGUGUCCUCAUCUUCAUUGUGCUGCUGAACACUUUCCUCAUCUGGAGGCAUCCACAAAAUUCUACCAAGGCAACUUUCAUGGUUCCCUUACUUCCUGCUCUGCCAAUAGUGAGUACAUUCAUUAACGUCUACCUAAUGGUCCAGUUAGGUGCAGAGACAUGGAUGCGAUAUGCUAUUUGGAUGGCAGUGGGGUUACUCAUCUAUUUUGCCUACGGUGUCAGUCACAGUGUUCAGAGGCAGCGCCUCAGGACCCAGCAGACAAAUAUUGAAACCCCCAGCGAAAAAAUGGACAAGGAUUUCCUUAAAGAAGAAAGAUUCUGAGCUGAACUGGAGAGGAAUGGGUUGAGAUGAGACUGAUGACAGUCAGUAACUGUUAACUGAUGAUUGUUUCACAUGCGGCUCUGCUGAUGUGUUCCUGGAGUGCAACAGGUGGUCGCUGUUGAGAUGCAGGCUAAAGGGCCAACUUGUUCACUUUUAUUCCAUUUUAUAAAUCCUAAUUUAUCUAAAUAUUUCCCGUGUCGACAUUGAAUUGAUGUCUGACGCAUUUUGGGGUUUGUUUAUGCUUCCUGUAUUAAUGCCAGAAUGUCCCAGAUCUACCUUGAAAAAAAAGGGUUAAAAUACUUUCCUGUUGAUUCAUAUUUUUUUUAACACUUUGCAUUAAAUUGUAGAAAUCUAUUAUCUAUAUCUUAUAAUUAUGAAUAAAAAAAUAAUUGUCUUUUAUGCAUUAAAAUGUAGAAUUACACUUUAUAAAAGUAUGGUGUAGGUACAAAAAAUCUUGUGAACGAUCCUUUUCUGUUUUCUGUUGUGUCUUUAAAGAUCCAGUCCAUCAAGUUUUAAGUGUAAAUAUGAAAAAUGUACAUGUUCUUCAAUUAUAUAUUGUAAAUGUAUUCCUCAAUUAAAAAGAAAGAAUGCAGUUUUCAAAA